UACAAGUUAUUCAUAAAAUUGAAAGUGUGGGAAAAUGUUUGAGAGCCGCAUCGAUUUGUGAAGAAAAAUGAAAGUGUUACUGAUUUUUUGUUGUUUAUUUGCAUUUGCACAGCAAAUAAACGCUAUUAAAUUAAAUUAUCCACGCGUUUUACUACCAAUUUUUGAUAAAUUAUCCAUAAAUUUUACACUAGAAGUAAUUGAAGGCGGCUGUUUCAAAUGGUCGUCAUCACGUCCAGAUUUGAUCACAAUUACACCAAUUUACGAUGAUGCAGAUAGUAUUGAAUGCUCGUCCAAAGCCGUGCUAACGACCGUAUUCCGUGAAAAACGUCGUAGUACCGCAUUUGUUUUGGCCAAAGAUUUAGCAACUGGUGAAAUUCUACGGAGUGACGUCAUUUUAGAUGUAAUCGACAAACUCGAUGUUUUGACAACAACACGUGAAUUGUAUUUGGAAGAAGCACCCGAAACAUUCAAAAUUUGGGCACAGGAUUCACAAGGAAAUGCAUUUACAACGCUUGAAGGCGUCGAAUUUAAUUGGAAAAUUUCAUCACAACAUCCAGUUGAGGGAAAGGAAAGAGAUUGGCAACGUGUUUUGCGAUUUUUACGUUUUUCGGAAAGUAAAUAUCAUGAUGUACCAUCAACGGUUGAGAAAUUCGAUCGAGUUGGUUUGAAGGGUUAUAUGGUGCUGUUGGAGGGCAUUAAUACGGGUUCGGCCAGAGUAAGCGUUGAUUUACCUUAUGCAGAAUAUCAGCAUAUAGUUGCACCAGUUGAAGUGAAUAUUGUUGUGCUGGCAAAUAUUCUUCUUGACCCAAGCGACGUGCACAUUUUGGUCGGGGAUUCAAUUUCAUUCCGAAUUUUGCAGUUGAAACAAGGAAAAUUGGAAGACAUCACAUCGAAUACCCAAUAUUAUUUGGAGGUGGAAAAUUCAGAAUUUGCAACGCUCGACGGAAAUAUAGCCACCGGUCAUAAACUUGGUCGUACGGCAGUCAUUUUAAAGGAUCGAAAUGUUGCAAACAAUUUGGAAAACACCGAUUCAAUUCCAUCUAUUCAAGCAACGCUGACCAUUAGCCGUCCCGAUAAAAUAACCAUCAACCUAUUGCCAUACUACAAUUGGUUAACGGUGAAGGGUGAAGAGCAUACAAUUUCAAUAAAUUUGUAUACAAAUGAUAAUCAAUUGAUUACAUUGGGUGAUGCAUACAGCAUUGGAUCGCAAUACGAUACAAAAAUAUUCAGUCCAUUAUCGUCAACAGUAAAUGGAUCGCAUAUAAUUGGUGAGGCAGUCAGUACCGGUAGUAGUGCUGUGCUUGGAUCAUUUGAAAAAUUGAAAGCAACCGCCGAACUGCAAGUAUUUGAAAAAUUGGUAUUGAAUCCAUCGAUUGUAUUUUUACCGUACGAUCCAAAUCAUUUGCGCCGUCAAAAGAUCCAGUACAAGGCAAAUGGUGGCGACGGUCUUUACACGUGGUCAAGUUUGAAUGGAAAUUUAAUUGGUAUCAAUCAAAACGGUUUGGCCGAAACACGGACUGGUAAUCAAGUGAGCAGCACCAGUUUUGAUAAAAACGAGAAAAUUUUUACGGAUUUUACGCAAAUCAAAGUGGCACUGCAACGAAACUCAAAAAUCUCCAAAACGGCCGACAUUUUCUUUUUGCCACCAACCAAAUUGGAAAUUGUUCGAUAUAAUUUUGAGACAACAUUAAAAGAUUUUGUUUAUUUACAUGUUGCUUUGUAUGCCGAUUAUGAUGGUAAAUUAGUAUCGUUAACUUCAUGCGAUAAUUUACAUUUUGAAUAUGAUAUGUUGGAGGAAAUCUUUCACACAGUUGAUAACGCUGAAUUGCCGACCGAUGAACAAUUGCAUCCGUCAGCAUGCCAUUUGGUUAAAUUACAAUCACACGGACUUGGAAGUUCACACUUUAAAAUAAGUUACACGGUUUUCGAUCGCAUUCUACAUGCCGAAGUGAAUUUAAUGGUAUUUGAAAAACUCGACAUUUUAAAUCCAAUUUCAAAUGAAAUUGUAUUACCGAUUGGUGCAUCCAGAAAUGUCAUCUAUCAAAAUGGGCCGCAAAAAGUGUUCAACAUUGAUGCCGAACUCGUGAAAAAUGUACGGAUCGAUGAAACGAUUGCAAGUGUUACACCCAUUUCAAAUGCAUAUGCAGCCGACAAACAUAUUUUGAAUGUUCUUUGCCGCAAAGUUGGUUCAACUUUACUCACAUUUGAAAUCUACAAUACACUCUCGGCCAACAAUCAUAUUCCAUAUGUAUCGAAAUUUGAAACACAUGUGAAUUGUGUGAAACCGAGAUUCAUCAAUUUGUAUACGGCAGAAAAAUUGCGUCAAGGUUGUCCACUGAAAGUGAAAAAUUCAUUGAUGCAUGUCCGACAAAAUGAUAAUCAAAUCGAUAUCACUAUUGAUGUGUUGGAUGCACAAAAUCGAAAAUUACAAAACAUUUCAUCGCUGAUAUUGUCAUGGCAAUUUUUACAAGCUGACGACAAUCGGCUCAACUAUGACAUUGUCUAUGAACGCAAGACCGAAGAAGAUAGUGUUGCUGGUGUAAAAGUGCCAAAACGCGAUUUUCUACUAACAACAUUGCCCGAAGUUCACAAUGCAUUCAAAAUUAAAGCAUCGGUUGACCGGUAUGAUCAAGUAAUUUUGUAUGAAGAAUCAAUUUACGCGGAAAAUCCCGAAUUUGGAAUAACACAAAGUGGCAAAACGACAGACGACACCAAUUUAUAUAAACCAACCAUUGAAAAUGAGCUUAACUUUUUGGCUGUGAAUAGUACAUUGUUGCCAUUCGACAGUGUUUCGAUAUUCCUCGCACCAAACCAUCAGCAACGCAUUCAAUUGAUCCAAGGCAGCGGAUUUUAUGAGAUCAAAGUGACCGAAUUGAAUAUUAUAAAUGCCAUAAUUGAUAAUGAUCGUCGGCAAAUUGUUAUUGAACCAUUAAGAAUUGGACAAGUUCAAAUUGAUAUUAUGGAUCGGUGUCUACAAACCGAAUCAUCACGGUUGACUGUGUCAGUCGUUUCAAUUGGUCGGAUUGAAGUUCAGGUUGCUGAUCGUGUCGAAAAAACAAAAACCAUCGAAGCAGUUGCAAGACUGUACGAUUCACUCGACAAUCCAUUGGAAUUGGAUUAUGAUAAUUUGAAAAUUUAUGAAUUGCGUGAAAAAAUUUGGAAUCCAAAUGUGCUCAACAUUGAAAUUGGCCAUCUGAACGACUUGGAGACGGGAGAGAUUCGCUACUUUAUCACCGGUACUGAAUUGGGUGAAACAAAACUAACAAUUACAUCAGGAAGUGGAGAGAAAUCAGUUUCAAGUCCGGCAUAUCCAAUUCAAGUUUUUCCUCCAUUGCGUUUACUCCCACGUAAUACAACUAUUGUUAUCGGAUCAUCCGUUCAAAUUGAAGCACAUGGAGGACCGCAACCAGAUGUUAACAUCAUUUACUCAGUGGAAAAUGAGAAUAUUGUGUCAAUGGAUUUGAGUGUAGCCAAGGGUCAACGACUCGGUACGACUGUUGUAAUUGGUCGUUGCGUCGGAAUCAAUCCAGUAAAUUCACAGAAGAUCGUCUAUUCCGAAGACAAAAUCGAGAUAAAUGUCGUUCCAUUGAACAAAGUCAAAAUUCAUUCACCAUUGAGACGAGUACGAUCAGGAACCAUAUUACCUGCGUCAAUUUGGGGCGUGCCAAAUAUUUCACCACUUGUUUUAGGAACGUUAAACUCAAAAGUUCGUUGGUCAACAAGUCAACCAGAUGUUAUAAAAAUCAAUGGAAUAUUCUCUGAAGCUGGCAUAGAAUAUGAAGAACAAGAUUCAAUUUCGGUUCGAUUGAAGGCGCUCAAUCCGGGCACUGCUAGAAUUCAAGCCGAAUUUACAACAUCGACCGGCACUCAUUCGUGUUUCGUUGAAAUUACUGUUUUCAAAUUGCUCGAAUUGGAAUUACCACGACGAAUAACAAGUGAUGCAAUUAUUGUUCCACCCAGAUCGCAGAUCAAUCUUAAAGCCAAUUUACCAGAUGCACAAUUUCGAUUGGUAGAAGAAACAGUGGGCGGAUUGAAAGUGUCAUCCGAUGGUAUUUUACGAACAAGUGAUCAUAUCGGACGUGAUCUUAUCAUUGCAAAAUCUGAUGAUCAAACGUUAUCGAUACCGAUUGAAACAAAGAAUAUCCACUACGUUUUGGCCACACUUCAUACGCCAUCAUUUAAAUUGCGGCAAUUAGAGACAAAGAUUCCGAGCGGCAUGAAUAUCAUUUUGAAAGUGUCAUUGCAUGAUAAUUUGGGCAAUGAAUUUUCGCAUGGCAUUCAAGACACAUCGAUUCUUGUACCAAAAUUGGCCACCCAAGAUGGCAUCGAAGUUAAUUUCGGCAGUAAUUUCACCGUUUCAUUGAAUCUACCGCGACAAACAUCGAAUAUGUUAUCUGUGUCGCUUAAGAAUGCUGUUGGUGUUAAAUACAAUGAAGAUUUUAUAAAAUUAUCGGUAUCAAAAACAACGAGCAAAUUUCCGACGAAAAAAAUCUUUUCUGUUGGUGAUAUCAUUUGCUUUGAUUCGCCAUUGGUGUCGAUUGGUGAUUGGACAUCAUCUGAUGAAACGGUGUUGCGUGUUGAUCGAACAAAGGGAAUUGGUGUGGCGCGUGGAAGUCGUCAAAAUACGAAAUUCGGCGAACAAGUCACCAUUACAAAUGGCGACGGUCAAUAUGGAUUUAUAAAAUACGAUUUGGAAGUUCGUGAAGCCGAUACAAUUGAAUUCUAUCAAAUCAAUGACAUUUUCAACGGAAAAACCUAUCAAGCGAAUUUAAUCAUUAAAAAUCACCUGCAAAUUGAUAAAUUGUCAAAUUUAAUUGCGAAAAAUGCAACAACAUGCCUGGCAUCGUUUGAAUCAUUCCGCGAGAAAUUCUUUACAUGCGCACUCAAGCAGAUCGAUUCAAAUCAAGGCAAUGCAGCCAAAAUACUUGAUUUACUUAAUGUUGGACCCACUUUUGACAAACAAUUCGGAUCUUAUGCUUGUGAAAUUGAAUUGAAGCCAAAGAAAACGCUAUCGGACUUAAUUAAUUUGGUUCAAGGCGAUGAUAUUCAAUUUGAAUUGGUUGCAUCACUUUCAAAUGGCAUUUCGACAGCGACAAAUAUUAAAAUUAUGCCCGCCAUCAAUGUUUAUCCAUUGGAAUUGGUUCUUGAACAAAUUGAUCAACAAUCGAUUACGGUUACCGGCAUUGAAAGAAUUUUGCAACGCGUUCAAGUGACAUCGUCAGAUGCAAGCGCAUUUGAAAUCGUACCAACAAAGGCGAAAAAUGCCAUUCAGUACAAGAUAAAAACAUUGAAAAAUAUUCCAUUGGAUGAAACGGCUUUUAUCAUUGUUAAUUCACCGUUGACAAUGCAAACCAUUCAAAUUCCAAUUCAAUCACUGAUCAUCGCACAGAAAUGUAUGAGCCAACCGUUCCAGAGUUUCUCAACUGUUGCUGUAAACAUUAUUUCGAAUAUUGGACUCAUCGUAUCAAUGCUCAUCAUUUUAUCGGCCACAAUUUGGGCAUUCAUUUAUUGCUUCUCGUCAAACUCAGCCCGAGUUGAAGAUCCUUCACCGUUCCAGAAAACACCACGAAAACAAAUACCAAUUACCAAUUUAACAUCGUCACGAAGAUUAUCACCAACGGCCGUUCGACAACCAUUAUAUCCAGACCAAAGUUUUGGCAGCAACACCAGUCAAACGAGCAGUAUUUUGCACAGCAGUGCAUCGCCAAUUUAUGGCGAUUCAACGCUCAUUUCACCAAACAAACGAAUGAAUCGACGUUAUCUUUAAAUGUCAACGGGUUUAUUAGAUAUUAUUAGAAUGUAAUUUAAUGAAUUAAACUUGACACGAUGUUAAAAAUAAUCGUUGUCGAUCUUAAAUGACUACUCAAGUAAAUGAAAGAAAAAAACUUUGUAAAAAGAUUAAAACAGCUAUUUUUCCAAUAAGUUAUAGUGAAAUAAGAAUGACACAUGCCAUCUUACAUCAAAUUCGGGCGUUUUACCCAACCAUUAAACUAUUUACACAUAGUUUGUUCUUAAGUUAUUCAAAACUAUAGAUACAAAUGUGAAAGAAAUAUUAUAUACAGAAAUUGGUAUUUUUUUCGAUUAUGUAAUCAGAUAUAUUCAACAACAACAACAAAAAAAAACGAUACGAUACGAUAUAAAAAAAAAACAUUCUAAUGAAAUUAUUCUAUUAAAGCACUUCCAUUCGAUUGGAUGAAUGAAAAACAGAUAAAGUUAUGAACAUAUUCAGGUGAAUCAUGGGUCCUAUUAAUAAAAAAAGUACUGCCAAUUUGAUGAGUAAUUUAUUCAAUGCCAGUCAAAAAUGAUACAAGGGUCAUAUAAAAAGACUGAAGUGUAAAAUAUGAUUGAAAGAUAACAUACAUGUUGAAAGCAUGAUAAGAUUAUGAGUAUGAGCUUCCCAAUUAUUCUAUUUUUAUUUACCGAAGUAUCGAAAUAUAAUUAAGAAUAAUUUUUUUUGAAUUGAGACUCUCAUACUACAUCUUACCAUACUUAGUGCAUUCUAACCGAUGCAUUUAUAGUUUUUUUUUUACAUAUGCAACUAAAAACUAGAUUAAGUGAAUUAUUUAAUGUUAAGGUGGACAGUUGAAUGAAAUAAAAUAUGAAGUUUUUCA